AUGGAUCACCUUGGAAUAUCUUUCAUGGAUACAAAGAAGUACGAUUACAUCGUGCUUGGUGGGGGUAGCGGCGGCAGCGGAAGCGCUCGACGCGCUGCGGGAUUGCUCGGCGCAAAGACUCUAAUCAUAGAGAGCGGGCGCUCCGGAGGCACCUGUGUGAAUGUGGGAUGCGUUCCUAAAAAAAUGACAUGGAAUUUUGCGCUUAUCAACGAAAUGAUGGAUGCUGGGAGACAUUAUGGAUAUGGAAUUCCCGAAAAUGUUUCUAUUGACUAUAACCACUUCAAAAGAAGUCGGGAUGCAGUUAUCAAGCGACUUAAUGGUAUCUACGAGAAGAAUUGGACGAAAGAAAAUAUCGACCUUGUGCAAGGUAGGGCCACUUUUGUUACUUCGCAGACAGUCGAGGUCACUCUCGAAAACAGCGAUCACAAAGUACGAUAUACGGCACCACAUAUCCUUAUUGCCACAGGAGGUAGACCGAAUAUUCCGGAGAUACCUGGCGCUCAGUAUGCGGGGGUCAUGGCAGCUGUUAAUGUCGAGACACACAUGUUCAUUCGCGGCAAUACCUUUUUGAGAAAGUUUGAUCCUAUGAUACAGACUACAAUGACAAGCCGCUAUGAGACUGCCGGUGUUGUCAUCCAUCGAGAACAUCAAGGGUUCAAAGAAGUUCAAUUACUCCAGGAUGGAAAAGGCCAAAAUAAGCUAUUAAAGCUGAUUGGCCACGAUGGCUCUGAGAUGAUUGUGAAUGAGCUACUGUGGGCUGUUGGCCGCAACCCAGAGAUCGAAGACCUGCAACUUGAGAAAGCCGGCGUGAAGCUAAACAAAUCCGGCCAUAUUCAGGUGGAUCAGUAUCAGAACACAUCAGCCGCAGGGGUAUAUGCUCUAGGAGACGUGACAGGACAAGCUGAAUUGACCCCAGGUAUGACAAUUGGUAAGAAUAAAGCACUCUCACUUAUCGAUCUUACAGUUGCCAUCGCGGCAGGCCGCCAACUAAGUAACCGCAUUUUUGGCCCUCCCGAAUUUGCAUCUGCGAAGUUGUCUUAUGAAAACAUCCCAACAGUCGUCUUUGCACACCCUGAAGUUGGGUCGAUCGGAUUGACGGAGCCUCAGGCUCGCCAACGUUACGGGAACGAGCACAUCAGAAUUUACCAUACGAAAUUCACGGCCCUGUUCUACGAUGUUAUGACACAAGGUGACAAGAUUAAAAACCCGACCGAAAUGAAGCUUAUAUGUGCCGGCCCUGGGGAGAAGGUUGUUGGCAUGCAUAUACUAGGACUUGGGGUUGCUGAAAUGCUCCAAGGAUUCGGUGUAGCCGUCAAAAUGGGGGCUACCAAGAAAGAUUUUGACAGCUGUGUCGCCAUCCAUCCCACUAGUGCCGAAGAAUUGGUGACUCUCCGUUAG